AUGUCCGCGUCACCGUCGCCGGUGCCUGCGUGCGAAGAGCGCGCUCGCACUCCUAGGGCCAGCGCGUCACCCGCGUCAGGUCCGCGCUCACCCGCGCCUGCGCACGCCGUUCUUGCGACCAUGACCCCUGUGCAACCGGCACACGAUUAUUAUCCUCACAAAGUUGAAAUGGACUCCGAUGAUGGCUACCCCCCAGAGGCGCACUCCUAUCGCCACUCACCGCAUGAACUGGCAGCAUACGCCACCGAUAGCAAAGUGCCAGUGCAGCCUGAUGUUUACGACCAAGGAAUGGAAUCAAUUGACGAGAAAACUCCAAUUGAUUUAAUAUAUGAAGAUGAGAAGCAGACCGUCAUAUACACUACUACACCAGAUCAGAAACGCGUGGAGAUGAUCAGCGGACAAUUGGACGACGGCCAGUUGGUUAGCAGCGGUGGUCAGCUGGUGGACGGUGGAGUGUCGGUAGUGGUUGGUGCGCCUGGACAGCCGCCGACAGUUCUCGUACUAGCGGACCAUGUCGUCGAUGAACUUGGACAAGUCAUUACAAUACCCAGGAGCGGCGCGUGUGGGCGGAGCGACGCGCUCACCUUGAACUUGCCGCGAGAGCGCCGUGUCCGAGCGCUCCGAGCUCUACUCGCCGGCCACUCGGCCCCGCAGUGA